GAAAUGAAAUAGAAAGGUCCAACAAGAUAAAUAGUUUCUGAAAAAAAACUGUAAUAAACUUGGUCGUUCUUUACUUCUUUACUACUUUUAUCUGCGAUCUAAACUCCGGUAACCCUCUUUUCGCCAUUAAAGAUUAUGCUUAGAAGCUGAACUGUAACUAAAAAUGGCGAUGCAAACUGGGGUUGCCUCCUCCAAAGUUCUAAUCCUUCUUGGAGCAGGUUUGACAGGUUCAGUAAUUCUGAAGAGUGGACAAUUAUCUGAUGUCCUUCUGCAACUUCAGGAAUUCGUGAAAGGCAUCAAUGAAGCAGAUAUCUCUUCAACCAAAAUUGAUCCCUUUCUUCUUGCAGCACAGAUUCGGCAACUGGCGCAAGAGAUUAGGGAGCUAUCCUUAUCAAAUCCCAUUUCUAUAAUGAACGGGAACUCUGCUUCCAGUGGAGGCUAUGGAUCCUACUUGGUGCCAGCUGCUGCUCUUGGAGCGAUGGGAUACUGUUAUAUGUGGUGGAAGGGAUUGUCAUUUUCAGAUGUCAUGUUUGUGACAAAGCAAAAUAUGGCAAACGCUGUUGCCAGUGUUUCCAAACAGCUGGACAACUUGACUGAUGCACUGGAAACAACUAAAAAGCAUUUGUCAAGAAGGCUGGAGACCUUGGACUGGAAGCUGGAAGAGCAGAAAGAAAUCUCUGGGCAAAUACUCGGUGAUGUUACAGGUGUCAAGUCAAACAUAACCCAAAUUGGUUUUGACAUUGAGUCAAUCUGUGAGAUGGUAAAUGGACUGGAAGGAAAGCUCGAACUUCUUGAAAGUAGACAGGACUUGACCAAUUCAGGUGUAUACUAUUUAUGCCAAGUAGCUGGAGAAAUGAAGGAGGGACUAAAUGCUAAACUUUUCCAGGACGUUGGAUCAAAGAUUGACCCACCAAAGAUUACAUGCGAGGACAACUCUAGGAAGGGCUUGCAAUUCUUAACAGAUUCAACUAUGUCAAGCAUUGUGGAGAAACCAAUUACAAGCUCCAAGGUAGAUGAUCUUGAUGGAGCUGCUGUAAAAAAUGCUUCUUUUGCAAAAGCAAAAACAAGAAUACACAGGUCUUAUCCAGUUGGAAUUUCCCUGGCACAUGACAUUCUUCGAAUGGAAUAAUGAUUAUUUUCUUU